GAAGGACUUCCGAGCCAGCGCAGGAGCGGGGUCGGGAGCACAGGUUACCCGAGGUGCUCACUUCGCCAUGGGUCUCCCUGGGAAGGAGCUGCCACACAGGUCUAGGCAGGUCCUUCUGGAAUUCCUGGGGCAGGCCAUCCCAGCCAGCCACGCGUGCCCUACUCCGGUGAUUCCCCAGCUCCUGGUUCAGCAUUCUUACUGGCCUCCUCUCUCCUGGGAAGAUGUUCCUGGUGGGCCUCACAGGGGGCAUUGCCUCGGGCAAGAGCUCGGUGAUCCAGGUGUUCCAGCAGCUGGGCUGUGCGGUGAUUGAUGUUGACGUCAUUGCCCGCCAUGUCGUCCAGCCUGGAUACCCCGCCCACCGACGCAUCGUGGAGGCCUUUGGCACCGAGGUCUUGCUGGAGAACGGUGACAUCAAUCGCAAGGUCCUGGGGGACCUGAUCUUUAACCAGCCUGACCGGCGGCAUCUGCUCAACACCAUCACCCACCCUGAGAUCCGCAAGGAAAUGAUGAAGGAGACCUUCAAGUAUUUCCUCCGAGGAUACCGCUAUGUGAUUCUGGACAUCCCCCUGCUGUUUGAGACCAAGAAGCUGCUCAAGUACAUGAAGCACACAGUGGUGGUGUACUGUGACCGGGACACACAGCUGGCGCGGCUGAUGCAGCGGAACAGCCUGAACCGGGAGGACGCAGAGGCCCGGAUCGAGGCCCAGCUGCCCCUGAAGGACAAGGCCCGCAUGGCCCGCCAUGUCCUAGACAACUCGGGGGAGUGGAGCAUCACCAGACGCCAGGUCGUCCUCCUGCACGCUGAGCUGGAGCGCUCCCUGGAGUACCUGCCACUGAGGCUCGGGGUCCUGACAGGUCUAGUGGGCCUUGCCAGCCUCCUGUACCUGCUCACCCGCUACUUCCUGCCUUCCCCCUAGCGGGGCACUCCCGAUGCAUGCAGCGCCAGGCCUUGAUCUCCUCAGAGGCUGAAGCAGGUAACAAAUGCCUCCUGUUUCCUCCCAAGCCCGUCAACACACACACACACACACACACACACUCUCUCUCUGUCUCUCUCUCUCUCUCUCUCUCUCUCUGACUCUGGGCUGAGCCCGGCACGGCCCCCCUGCUCCCCCACCCUUCGGAGUGCAUCCUGUCUGAGGCAGGGAAACGGCCCCGUCAGUAAAUACUCCUCCCCACCUUCCCGAGGGCCCCUCUGUCUGGACCCGCCCACAGAAUGGUGUCCGCGAUGCGGCAUGAAAGCCAUGGUGGGAAACUAUUGUAAAUUUCUUGGGGGUGCAGGCGAGGGACACGGUCUCUGUGGCCACUGACAGUGUUCAAAACUGGGAGGUUCCCUGGGCUUGAACCCUCUCCAAGCACAUGCCCCAUCAUGACCAAAACCUACAUCCUGGACCAGGGAAAUAAUUGUGGACCAAGGGCUGCUACCUUCGGACAGGAUUCUCGCCUAGGUUGAAGCCCUUGGCCAGGAUGCAGUGAGGACUCCCUUGUUGGUAAUGCUGUGGCGGGGCCUCUUGUGGGAUGACCCACUGCCCCACCUUGGCAUUUCUCCAGCCUCCCCCAUACCCGCUCCCCACCUGCCACCAGGCUGCCUCCCACUCCGUGUCUUCCUUGCCCUGAACUCUUAGGAGUCCACAUGCACGAGGCUGUUUCCUGCCUCUGUGCUUUCGCUGUGCUGUUCCCUCACCUAGAAUACCUUUCGUUUUUCUAUAGCUGGAUAACUCCCAAGCACCAUCUGGAGCCCCGGGCUGGGUCAGGUGCUCUGGGAAAGCCCCCUGCCCACCCCGCCAUGCCAUGUUUUACUUUAAUCCACAGAAUUGUAAUCAGCCAAAAGCUGGCUGGUCUCUCCUACUAGACUGUAAGCCUUUCGGCGGCCGGGACUGUGUCUUGUUUAUCUCCAUGUUCCUGGUGCAGAGCCUGACUCGCCAUUGGUGCUUAA